AAGUAAGCUAGGAGACACCAGCAGAACUUCUCCGUGGACUACAAAAGAACAUCUACAGAUCUAGAGAUGCCAGGGUCUAUUAAGAAAGAGAUGGAGCCUCAAGAGCACUUGAAAACAUGUUCCGGGCUAGGUAAGGCACUUGUCCAGUCGGUGGGAGGCCUGUCCCUCCAGCUAAUCGUGGUGAAAAACAUGGAGCUGCAGACCAUCCGUUCGGAGGAAGGGCCGGCAAGGUUCCGCCAGAAGUCCUCGGUGGUGGUGGCGAGCUCGACCGGCGGGUACACGGUGAGCACGGCGCCGGCGGACGGCGAGGAGAGGUUGGACGCGGAGACGGGGAUGGUGUCGGUCGAUCCCGCCGGAGACAAGACCAGAGGGACGUGGGACAAGAAAACGGACUUUCUCCUGUCUGUGAUCGGCUUCGCAGUGGACCUGGCGAACGUGUGGAGGUUCCCGUACUUGUGUUACAAGAACGGAGGAGGUGCAUUCCUGAUUCCUUAUCUGACGUUCUUCCUGAUUGGCGGGUUGCCGCUGUUCUAUAUGGAACUGAUUCUGGGUCAGUUCAACAGGACGGGAGCCAUCAGCGUGUGGGAACACGUCUGUCCCAUACUGAAAGGUGUGGGGUACGCCGUCAUCCUCAUCGCCUUCUUCGUCGACUUGUACUACAACGUCAUCAUCACCUGGUCCUUCUUCUACCUGUUCGCCAGCUUCACGUCCAAACUGCCAUGGACGUCGUGCGACAACGAGUGGAACACGCCCGACUGCAUCGACCAGCUCACCGACGAUUUCGUCAACGGCACCGACGGCUUCAACUCCACGGUCAACGACACGCGGCGCGGUAUCUCACCAGCUGCGCAGUAUUACGAACGCGAAGUGCUGCAGCUCUACAAAAGUGAAGGUAUCGGAGACUUCGGGGAUCUGCAAUGGAAGCUGGCGCUGUGUAUGCUGGGAGUAUUCAUACUGCUGUACCUCAGCCUGUGGAAGGGUGUCCGAUCGUCUGGAAAGGUAGUGUGGGUGACAGCCACCAUGCCCUAUAUCGUCCUGACCAUCUUGUUAAUCCGGGGCGCGACCCUGCCUGGCGCCCUGGAGGGGAUUAAGUACUACCUGACUCCAAACUUCGACAGACUCAUGGACUCACAGGUAUGGAUAGACGCUGCACAACAAAUUUUCUACUCUCUCGGUGCGGGCUUUGGUGUGCUGAUCGCGCUGUCCAGUUAUAACAAGUUCCACAACAACUGUUACAGAGACGCCCUCGUGACCAGUUCUGUGAACUGUAUGACCAGCUUCUUCUCCGGGUUUGCCAUCUUCUCCGUGCUGGGGUACAUGUCACAGAAACGCGGCGUGCCCAUCGACAAAGUUGCGACCGAAGGACCGGGAUUGGUGUUUGUGGUCUACCCAGAAGCCAUCGCGACCUUGCCGGGUUCCACAGCUUGGGCCAUCAUAUUCUUCCUCAUGCUCAUCACACUGGGACUAGACAGCUCGAUGGGAGGGACGGAGGCCAUCCUGACGGGUUUGAGUGACGAGUUCCCAAUCCUCACCAGAAAGCGGGAACUCUUCACGGGCGUCAUUUUGUUCGUAGAGUUCUCCCUGGCGCUGAUCAACGUCAGUCAGGGCGGCAUGUACAUGUUCCACAUGCUGGACCAGUACGCCGCUGGGACGUCUAUCCUGUUUGCGGUGCUGUUUGAGGCUAUAGGCGUGUCCUGGCUGUACGGUAUGACGCAGUUCAAGCAGGACGUUGAGGAGAUGCUGCACUUCACUCCCGGCCUGUGGUGGCGCUUCUGUUGGAAGUUCGUCAGUCCGCUCUUCUUGCUGUUCAUCACGAUCUUCAGCAUAGUGCAGUACAGGCCCCUGGCGUAUGAGGAGUACGUGUACCCGCCCUGGGGCGUGGGUCUGGCCUGGUGCCUCAGUCUGUCCUCCAUGAUCUUCAUCCCGGGAUACGCCGUCUUUAAACUCCUCAAGUUACAAGGACCUUUCCGAGAGCGUUUAGCUUACGCCAUAACACCGGAAUUCGAACACGAGGAGAUCAGAGACAAGGGAGAGGUCAAACGUUUCCAGCUUCGUCACUGGCUGGCUAUUUGAAGACUCAGGGCCUAAGGAUCAUCACUGCCACCCGACAGUACUUCUUUAUAACAGUAAUUCUUCGCCUGAUAGUCUUCCCUAAUAGAAGUAUUGCCCUGAGCUCAUAUCUUCGUCCACCUGAUGUAUAAGCACGUUAACACAUCAAGGGGAUUGUGACAGGAAAAUGGGGACAUUUCAUGACGUUUUUAAACGCUGUCCACACUCGGUGCACAGUGAUUAAACUACAAAACGAAAUCAUCAAUGAGAUUUGGCAGGUUAAAGCCGAAAUUCAUUCUGAACGUAUUUGCUGAAUCCAACCCAGAUGUGUCUCAGAUCUUAAACGGUUUCUGAGAAGUAACUGCCUCUUGUACAAGCUAGUUAUCUACUGAGCUAACUCAAUCAGUAAAAAAUAAACGUUAUGUGUCAACUUUGUCGCUGGUUGUUGAACAGGGAACGUAAAGUAAACAAAGCUUCUGAACUGUGAUAAAAAUAAGUUAUAUAUAUCUAAGCCUGGUUGAAGCAUUUUCAAAAGAGAGUACCGGUACCAUUCGCAGUAAUGGAUGUGCAGCACACAACACAUUGUAAAGACACUCGUAGCAGAUCAUCUUACAACAUAGCGUUAAAGGAGUUUCUUUAUGUUUGAAGUGAACUGUAGUACCUGUAACUAUAUCUGAUGCUUACUGUGAAAAGGUAAAAAUAGAACGUUGAGUCGUGUUAAUUGUGAUGUGUGAUGUGUGUCGUGACUAAAUAGAUGAAGUACAUGUAUAAUAUUUAUCUUGUAAAUAUUGGUUAGCCUACAAAUCUUAUCAUUAUGCUUUUGUAUCUAGAGCUAGCACCACUGCCAGUUCGUCGCGAACUGUUAACUUUGUAGUGAGUUUGAUUACAAUAUUGCUGUACAAGACUUAUGGAUGACUGUCAGCGCGUUACUGUGUAAUGUGUGUAUCUGGCACGUACGUAGUGACUUGUAAAACCUAAAUAAGAUAAAUGUAAACGGUUAAAGCUGGAACAAAUAUCGUAUAUGGUAUGAUUGUUUACUCAGAACCUAUCCUUUUUCUAUCUAUUGUAAAGAAAAAUAGAAAGGCUUUUUGGUGUGG